AUGGAAAGCAAUAAUAACUCAAAAACGAAGCCAGCUUUUAUUCUAAAAGAAGUUCACAACCCCAAUUACUCAGAUUUUUUAAGCAAUGGUUAAAGUCCAUUUUAACCAAAGAAAAACGCUGCAUAAUCUGAUCAAGUAUAAAUUCAAAAUAGAUAAUAAAAAACACAAUAAUUAUUUUAUGAUGCUAAAGGAAGCCAGUAGAUCUCAGGCACACUAACAAACCAAAAUAUAAAGUAACCAAAGUCACCAUAGGUGAAUAGCCCCGAAAAAAAUUUUUCAAUAUCCAAACAAAUAAAGCUCCCCAAAAGAUCAUCCUCGAAGCUAUUACCCGCAAUUAGCAAAGGAGGUAUCUUUGAAGACAAGCUAAUUUAUGUUAGAAAACUGUAACAAGCAUAGCAUUUGAAUAAAAAUGUAAUUCACAUAGAUCAAGAUGGUUAAUCACGCUAGGGCAUUUAUAUAAAAGCAAACUUACCGAAUUAUGGUAGCUUUACUUUCAAUAAUAACGAGUAUUUAGAAGCCAAUGCUCAAAACAAUAAUCAAAAUCUUAGAUAGUCUAUAAAUUUCGAUAGCUUAGAUUAGAGAAGAGCUGCUUCAUUUAGCCUCAACUAAAAUUAUCAAAAUGUUAAAACUUAGCUCUAUAAUGCCAAUUCAUUCCUUAAUAAUGAUUAAAAUAUUCAAAAUUAGGUAAGAAAUAGCUAGCAAUACGAAUAAGAUGUGCAAGGAACAACCAAAUUACAUGGGUAAAAUAACUAUAAGUAAGAACCAUUUUAAGCUAAACAUAUGAAAUACUUAGCAGAAAAAAGAAGACAGUUUAGUGAGCUUAAAGCAAGAAUUGAAGUAAUAAACCAGCAAAUUUCUCAUAAUGAAACAAAGUAAAACUCUAGCAUACCACCAUAUUACUAGAGUAACAAUGCUUUGGCUCUAUAAUAAUAAAAUCUUGAAAAGAACUCCAUGCCUUAUGAAGCUUAGAAAACCUUCUAGAAUGCCAAAAUUUAAUAGACUUUUGAGAAGAGAAGAGGAACUGGUUUAGAUUAAUAUAUGAAUAUGAAGAGUUAGCAUUGCAGAAAACAAGUGAGAUAAUCACUUGAUUCAAAGCUUAAUAUCUAAUAAAAUUAAUAAGAAAAUUCCUAAUCAGCGUUGAGUAACAAUACAGAAAUUAGGAAUUCUGCUCAGAUUGCUGAGAAUCAGCAUAAAUAAACUGUAAAGGACUGUCUGUAACUAAAAACUGACUUGGAUAGCAUUAUCAAUCAUUUUUAAAGCUUACCUCAAAAGAAAGGACAAAAAGAUAUAAGCAUGAGUGGAAACAUCUAGAGAGAAUCUAAAACCAUACUAGAAAGAUAGGAUGAGGCUGAUGAUAUUCUAAAUUUUAUGUCAGCUAAAGAAAUGAGUUAGGCAUAAAUAGAAAAGGCUGAAAUGAUAUUUUAAUUUUUACAAGAACACAAGUAUGAACUUAUAAAUAAUGAAACUAUCCUUGAUCUAGAGCCUGAGCUUAUAGAUAAAGGAACUAGCAUAUCUUUAAAUACAGGAAAAUAUCGGAGGGUUGCAAAUAAAAACCUACUUAAAUCUAAUCUGCUGAAUAAGCAAAAAUACUCAAAUAGAGGCAGCAAUUUCUCAACCAAUGGAACCAAAGAUAAAAUGGGUUAGAGUAAAUUUGACAUGAAUCCAGAGGUUAAUCUCUCAAAGUAUAAAAAAGGGUAUAUCUCCUCGCAAAAUAAAGAUCAGUAGUAGAAUUAAUAGCACCCGAGUAUAAUAGUCCUUAGAGAUUUGCUAAAACGAAAAGUUGAUUAAAAUGGAUAUGAUUUUUCCAAAUUAAGCCAAUGA